AAGAAGGACCCCACCUCCAGGCCCUACAAGUGCCCCCUCUGUGACAAGGCGUUCCACAGACUAGAACACCAAACAAGACACAUCAGAACCCACACAGGUGAAAAACCCCAUGCAUGCACGUUUCCAGGGUGCUUCAAGCGAUUCAGCCGAAGCGACGAGUUGACUCGUCACUUGCGCAUCCACACCAACCCCAACUCGCGCAGAAACAAGAACCUCAGCAAGAACAACAUCAGCUUUAGCGACGACAACGCUCCAGCACCAGGUUCGUCGCCUCCCUCGCUUAAGAAGCUUCCUAGCACCAUGAAUAUUGACAUCCUCGCCAGUGCAGCCUCCGAAGAACUCAAGCUCAUGGAAACUGGCUCGCCAGGCGUGGCCACUAACAACGCAAAAUCCUUGCCCUCCUUGACGGACUACUUUGGCACUUCCACCUCCGGAUCCAUGCAACUGCGUGCCAACGGCAACGCCAGCUUCCACAUCGCCAACGUGCCUGAAACGGGCUCCAGCAACAACCUCCAGUAUUUGUCCAAUGUGGCGGUAACCUUCGAGAGCAAAGAUAUGGACUACGUCAAACUGCGAUUGAAGAAAUCAAGACCAAAUAGCCCCAAUCCUAAUAACUUCACCCUACCAAACUCCCCGGUGUUGGGGUUGUCAGCAGUGAAUACUCCUAUCGCCUCAGCAAGCAAUAGUUCCACCAACUUAACCAAUUUUUUCAUGACACCGGCAUUCAGAUCCGCCAGU